AUGGAGGCACAAAAACUCAUGAAAAGAAAAAGAAAUAACACAGUCGAGGUAAGCUUUGAGGAGGAUCCUACUAUAAGUGAAUUUAAUUUUCAAGGUCCUUUUUUAGCAUCAUUUCACGGAAUUCCGCCACCGCAAGAUGUAGAGUUUAACACCUACCAAUCUUCAAAUGGAAGAAAACUUAUGAUUGCGGGGGAAAAUUCCGAAGUAAUUUUCGCAUCGAAAGAAUACGAAGCAGAUCAAGUUUCAGAGUAUAUGAUAGCUAUUUAUGAUAAAACUACAAAUAUAGUAACGUUUAGGCCCGCUCCCGUUAUUGAUAUAGCCCCUAUUCCAAAACGACUUAAGUUAGAAUCAAACGAGACAAAGAUACAAGACAAUUUUCUUGUCGCGAAAACAGCUCUCGAUAAAGAAUUUGGUUCGAAGAAGAUGCGAUCCAAGAUUCUUUCAAGAGAGAGAGGGAAAAUUGACGCUUCACAGGUGCAAGAAGUUGAAAAAAUUGUCUCAAAUAUUGAAGAAACUAUUAAAGCGAUCCCAACUGAAGAGGAUAUAAAAGUUAUUAAUGAAGAAAAUAGACCAAUACCUCCAUACAAUAUUAAUGCUGUUAAAGUUGCUGACGUUUAUAAACUUGAUGAUAUAGUGUCACCAAUUGAAUUUGAGGCAAUUCCUGUUCAACAAAUCUUGCGAGCCAAAACUAAUUCCAAAAGAUUGGAAUUAUUACCGUUCAAAUCAAAUUUUAUCAAUGAUCGUCUCCUUCCCUCUCUUGGUACCAAGGAAGUUAACAAAAAACGUAUCAAAAUACUUUUAUAUAUCAAUUAUCUAAUGGCAUUUCGAUCGGCUCGUGAACAUCUUAAUGAGCGUGGCGUUAUGUUAGAAAAGUUGAAAAAUCCUCCUGAUAUAAUUCUAAAGAGCCUAUAUGAACGUUAUACUGAGACUUCAUUUUUAAAGACAGGAGGGAGACAAAGAUCAAAAAUGACGUCGAAAUGCGAAGACAAACUUUUAUGUUACAUGUUCGUACUUUGUUUAAUGCUAGAAGUAUUUCGUGUUGACCCAGAAAAAUUAAUUGAAGACUUGACAAUUACAGCCAAGAAAGCUUUUAGUAUAUUUAGAACACUUGGAUGUAAAGUCGAAGGAGCAAGUAAACAAGAGAGAGAAUCAAUCGGUCUUAAUGCUUCACAAGCUAGACACAUGAAGCGUGCUGUGCUAACAAUUCCAUUGGUAUUUCCGGAACCCUCAAAGAAGAGAUUCAAUAAACAAAAAUAA